CUGUGAAUCAAUUAGAGACGCAGCUGUUAGCAACCUCUGGGCUGGCUCUAUUUUAUUCAUCUUACUGUCCAUUAAAAUACAUUCCAGAGUGAAGAUUGAGACCCUCCCCUCCCCCCCCAAAAGAUGGCCGACACAGAGCAGCAAAAUUCUCCUCCUCCUCCUCCUCCUCCUCAGACCGGGCCUGCACAAUUCCUGUUGAGUAACAAACUGGAGACGGCCAUGUGGCUCUCGCGCCUCUUCACGGUCUACUGCUCCAUCAUGUUCAUCCUUCCUCUCCUCGGGCCAAUUGCAGCAGCUAACUUCUACCAAAGGGCUCUCUUGGCCAACGCUUUGACCAGCGCGCUGCGUCUGCACCAGAGGCUUCCUCGCUUCCAGCUGAGCCGAGCCUUCCUUUCACAGGCGUUACAGGAAGACAGCUGCCAUUACCUCCUCUACUCACUCAUCCUGGUCAACUCCUACCCCAUCACCAUGAGCAUAUUCCCGGUGUUCCUCUUCUCACUGCUUCAUGCCACCACGUACACUAAGAAGGUUCUUGACACGAUGGGGCCGGACAGUCUGCUGUUCGUUCGGAACUUCCUGAACAAGCUCACGGCCAAUCAGCAGAACAUUCUCAAGUUCAUCGCCUGCAAUGAGAUCUUCCUGAUGCCAGCUACUGUCUUCAUGCUCUUCAGCGGACAGGGCAGCCUGCUGCAGCCCUUCAUUUAUUACCGCUUUCUGACUUUGCGUUACGCCUCCAGACGAAACCCUUACUGUCGGACCCUGUUCACAGAGUUGAGGAUUCUCCUGGAGCACUUUGUGAUGAAGCCCGCCUGCCCGGCCUUCUUCAGGAGAAUGUGCCUCAAUAGCAUCGCCUUCAUCAGCCGCCUGGCUCCUACAGGAGUCUAAAUACACUGUGUAUCAACACAUACUCCAGCACGACACAGCACCACACACUGAUAAAUACACACAAUUACACUUCUAAGCUCCUACAACGUGACUAGCUGGGAGAGAGUUCCUCCAAUGUAGGUUUCUAAGCAGGCAGACGAUGCUCUUGCUCUCGACGUCCUGCUGAUCUCGUCUUCUGCAUGGAAAACAGUUGCUAUUUUGGAGAAAUUCCACAGAUCUGAAAGGCUGACAGACAAAAAAAAA